AUGUCAGACGACAGAGGUGACAGUCGGGCUUGGGACUGGGACAGUCCACAGUGCCGUGCUCAAUUAGACGAAAUCUUUUUCCGCCCGCACGAUUACAUCCAAGCAGGUAGCCCAGAGCAUAAAGAGUUUUGGGCUUUCUUUGAACGCUUUCAGCGGUUUAAAGCAAAACGAGAUAUGUUUGGGUCAAGAGCUGCCAACAAAAGAGAUCCUCAUGAGAGUAAGAAGAAGAGAUCGGACAGUCAAGCUGUGGACCUAGGGCUGCCCAAGGAGUACGAUGCACGCUACAGAAUUAACGUAUCAGUGUGCACGAGAGACGUGGAAGAACGUCUGGGGGUCUCGGAGCAUCGGCAGCGAUCAACGUCCUCUGGUCCUGGCAAACAGGAGGUAGCAGACUGCCGCCUUGCCCUCCUUCACUUUCUGGACUUCACUCAGAAACAGAGCUUCGGUAAACUGGCUAAGCUCAAGCGCGAGCAGAAGAGUCUGCCGAUCUUCCAGUACAGGGAGCGGAUUGUGGAGCUGGUAAGGACACACUCCGUGGUGGUGGUGGCAGGAGACACGGGCUGUGGAAAAUCCACUCAGGUCCCGCAGUACCUGCUGUCGGCAGGUUUCAGUCAUAUCGCCUGCACUCAGCCGCGCCGCAUCGCCUGCAUCUCUCUCGCCAAGAGAGUGAGCUUCGAGAGCCUAAACCAGUAUGGUUCCAAGGUUGGCUACCAGAUCCGUUUCGAGAGCAGCCGCACUCCAGUCACCAAGCUGCUGUUUCUGACAGAGGGUCUUCUGCUACGGCAGAUCCAGCAGGACCCAUCUCUGAGUCAGUACCAGGUGGUGAUCGUGGAUGAGGUGCAUGAGAGGCACCUGCACUGUGACUUCCUACUGGGUGUUCUGCGCUCUCUGCUGGCCAUGCGGCCAGACCUGCGACUGAUCCUCAUGUCAGCCACUAUCAACAUCAAACUCUUCUCCAGCUAUUUUGGCCACGCCCCAGUACUGCAGGUGCCUGGACGACUCUUCCCCAUUCAGGUCAUUUACCAACCCAUUCCUCCAGAGGAGCAGUCGUCUCGCUCAGAAAAGCUGGACCCUCGUCCUUACCUGCGCGUGCUGCAGGGAAUUGACCAACGUUACCCCCCAGAGGAGAGGGGAGACCUGCUUCUGUUCCUGAGCGGUGUGGCUGAGAUCUCCACCAUCAUGGAGGCUUGUCAGACCUACGCAACACACACACGCCGCUGGAUCGUUCUUCCCCUGCACAGUACUCUGUCUCUGGCCCAGCAGGACAAGGUGUUUGACAUUGCUCCUCCAGGAGUGAGGAAGUGCAUCAUCUCCACAAACAUAGCGGAGACCUCAGUCACCAUCGACGGAGUACGCUUUGUGGUGGACUCUGGUAAGGUGAAGGAGAUGAGCUUUGACCCAAAGGCUAAGAUGCAGCGCCUGCAGGAGUUUUGGAUCAGCAGGGCCAGUUCUGAACAGAGAAAGGGCAGAGCGGGCAGAACGGGGCCUGGUGUCUGCUACCGCUUGUAUGCCGAGUCCGACUAUGAGGCCUUCGCCCCGUACCCCGUCCCAGAGAUCCACAGGGUGGCCCUGGACUCUCUCGUUCUGCAGAUGAAGAGUAUGGAUCUGGGUGAUCCUCGCUCCUUCCCUUUCAUCGACCCUCCUCCUGCAUCCAGUAUCCAGACUGCAAUGACAUACCUAAGGGAGCAGGGGGCACUGGAUGCCCGUGGGGAGCUGACGACAAUCGGGAGGCUGCUGGCCCAGCUGCCUGUUGACGUGGUCAUUGGGAAGAUGCUGGUGUUGGGCUCUCUCUUUAACCUGGUAGAGCCGGUGUUGACUGUUGCAGCGGCCCUAAGCGUUCAGUCACCAUUUCUACGCAGCGCUCAGCACAACCCUGACUGCUCCACAGCACGCCAGCCCCUGCACAGCAACCAGGGAGACCCCUUCACUCUCCUCAACACGUUCAACUCAUGGGUGCAGGUAAAAGGAGAGAGGGGCAGCGGCUCCAGGAAGUGGUGCAGAAGGCGGGGUUUGGAGGAGCAGCGCCUGUAUGAAAUGGUCAACAUGAGGCGACAGUUCAAGGAGCUGUUGAGGAGUCAUGGUUUAGUGGAGACUGAGGAGAGCAGUGUGUCAGUCCAGGACAGGAGCCAGCGCAGGGAGAGGCUGAGUGAGCGGCAGAGACUGCACCAGCUCAAGCGGGAGCAUGACUUACAGGAGAACAGCAGGAGGAAAGUGCUCCGCCUGGAGGAGGACCCAGAAAACGCCGGCUCCUCUGGCUCAGAUGAGGAGGGAGGCACAGGGAGGGGCAAGAAGAGGAAAGAGGACACAGGAUCAAACCUGGACAUACAGGAAGUGAAGUUCAAACUGCGGCACAACGUGAAUGAGCUGCAGGAAGCGGCAGCUGCCGGUCAGGAUCUGUCGUCAUGGCAACAGGCCCUGCUCAAACUGGUGCUUUGCCGCGGACUCUAUCCACAGCUGGCGCUGCCCGACGAACACAAUGCCACACGAAAAGACUCUGAGCAGGUUUUCCACACACGGAACAAGCAGGGCGUAGUCAUCCACCCCACGAGUGUGUUCGCCAGCGACCCAGAGGUGUUACAUGUACCUGAGCAUGAGUCUAGCGAGUUUGGUGCAGAUAAAGGCCAGAGUAAUAGACAUCAGUUACUCGCCUUUGUGACUCUGCUUGAAACAAACAAGCCCUAUUUGUCUAACUGUGUGCGUGUGCCUGCCCUGCAGGCACUGCUGCUAGUGGCUAACUCUGUGGACAGUAACGCUGACUGUACACGUCUGGUGGUGGACGGUUGGCUGGAGCUGAGUGUUAGUGAUGCGGAGGCAGCCCUGCGCGUCCUCUCCUCUGCCCUCACGCUCAGGACUGAGUGGGAGCGCCUCUUGCAAGCCCAGCUGAGUCAGGGUGGUCCCGGGUCCACUGCUGGCCUGGGCCUCGCCGGGCCCAAACCCUCCCGCCGGGAUUUGGAAAAACUGGCAGAGGGGCUGGUCCGAUUUCUCCUCUACACUGAGGUGAGUUAUAGUCUCCGACGUCUCACCGCUCUCCAGUCUCAGAAUCUGUAUAUUGGACCCCAGCAGGACUCGGGCCUCCCAGACUCCCAGAACCUUAACCCUCUGUUCCCUGGAAUGAAGACAGAGCCAGAUCCCAUUAAAGGAGGUCUGCGUGUCAGCAGCUACUUCACCUACAACUGCCUAAGUGACUCUAAGGACCUCUACAGUGAGUGUCUGCGCACAUUUUGGACGUGUCCCCACUGUGACCUCCACAUGCCCCUCACGCCCCUGGAGCGCAUGCAGCAUGAAGCCACCUGCAGGCCGGCCGGAGAACAGCAGCCUGAGCAGGAUGCUGAGAGCGGGAAAGCCGAGUCGUCCUCUUCCUCGUCCAGUCUGACCAGGCUGUAUCACUGUGACGUCUGUAAUAAAGACUUAACUCUCACCUCCACAGAGAUCCUCAAGCACAAGAGACAGCACCUCCAGUAAGUGACAGCUCCACUGACUGCCCUGCUCCAGACUGGGCACAAAUGAGAUGAGUGAG